UAGUCCACCAGGCCCAAUUCAUCUUCACUCAAUAUGAGGAAUCCUGGAAUCCAGAAGUGAGAUCCAGUGUUGAAAAUCAACAAGCUUUGGGUUCAGCAAACCUGUACUACUUCCUAAUAGUAAAUUUGAGCCAGGGACCAGUUCCCUAAUCUUUUGAAUGUGGAUGAUAACUGACUUUCACAGAUGGCUUAAAGAUGAAGGUUAAUGUAGAUAUGAGUUGAUCAUUGAUGAAUCUGAGGGAAGAGAAAAUGGAGAUUUAUAAUGCUACUCUUAUCUGCUUUUAUAUGUUUAAUAUUUUCCAUAUUUCUAAUUUUUUAAAAAUUAUACAUACACACACAUAAAAUACCAAGAACAUACUACUACUCAGUCGGUAUUUUUUUGUUGUUACCCUAGAGUGGGAAUAAAUUAUCAGAACCAUAUUCACCCUUUCCUCCAAGGCUUUACACCGAAAAAGGAGGCUUGUAAGGAUGAUGCAAGAAAACAGAAAGAAACCAGAGAGGGCUGGGCCUGGAGGUUAAUGGGAAUUGACAGUGCAGCUGAGCCAAAUACUGUGCGCACAGCUCUGCGUUCUCAGGGCUCUGCUUCACCAGGAGAGGAAUCCAGAAGACUGAUCGACUCUUGGAAUUUUAAGUCAUGGCCCACCAGUUGGUGGCGCUCAGGGAUGUGGCUGUAGACUUCUCUCAGGAGGAGUGGGCGUGCCUGGACUCGGAACAGAAGGAUUUGUACAGAGAUGUGAUGUUGGAAAACUACAGCAACCUGGUCUCACUCGGACUUUGCAUCUAUCAGCCAGAUGUGUUCUCUUUACUGAAGAAGGGGAAAGAGCCCUGGAUGGUUUCGAAGGAUAAAACAACAGGAUCUUGCUCAGAUUUGCAGUCCAGGUAUCAGACCGAGAAGUUAUCACAAAAAAAUGGCGUUUUUGAGAGAGAAUUAUCUUCAUGGGAAAUAACGGAAAUUUGUAAAAACCACAACCUUGAAUGUUUAUGUUUUAGAGGUGAUUUGGAAAGCAAAGGUCAGUUUGAAACACAGCAGGAAAAUCAAGAAUGUUUUAAGCAGGUUAUAUUCACCUAUGAAAAAAUGUCCACUUUUAACCAGGACACAGCUUUUAAUCUACAACAGAGACCUAAUACAGGAAAGAAACUGAAUGAAUUUAAAGGGUGUGAGAAAGCCUGUUGUUCUGGCUCAGAUUGUACUCAACACCAGUUAAUUCACACUGGUGAGAAAUUUUGUGAAGAUAAGGAGUGUGAGAAAACCUUUCUUCCUGACUCAGAACUCACUCCAUGUCAGACAAUUCACACUGCUAAGAAAGUAUAUGAAUGUAAAGAAUGUGGGAAGGCUUUUAGUUUGCGUUCAAGUCUUACUGGUCAUAGGAGAAUUCAUACUGGUGAAAAACCUUUUAAAUGUAAGGAAUGUGGAAAGGCCUUUAGAUUUCAUUCACAACUUAGUGUCCAUAAGCGUAUUCAUACUGGUGAAAAAUCUUAUGAAUGUAAGGAAUGUGGGAAGGCCUUUAGUUGUGGCUCAGACCUUACUCGACAUCAGAGAAUUCAUACUGGUGAAAAGCCCUAUGAAUGUAAGGAAUGUAAGAAGGCCUUUAGUCAGCGAUCACAUCUUACUAAACAUCAGAGAAUUCACACUGGUGAAAAACCUUAUGAAUGUAAGGAGUGUGGGAAAGCUUUUACUCGUGGCUCACACCUAACUCAACAUCAGAGAAUUCAUACUGGUGAGAAAUCUCAUGAAUGUAAGGAAUGUGGAAAAGCCUUUAUUCGUGGUUCAAAUCUUGCUCAACAUCAGAAUGUUCAUGUUGGUAGGAAACCCUAUGAAUGUGAGAAAUGUGGGAAAGCCUAUAUCUGGAGUUCACACCUUGCUCGACAUCAGCGAAUUCAUACUGGUAGUAAACCUUAUGAAUGUAAGCAAUGUGGGAAGACUUUUAUUUGGGCUUCAUAUCUUGCUCAACAUGAGAAAAUUCAUAAUGAGAGGAAACUCUAUGAAUGUAUGGAAUGUGGGAAGACCUUUCUCCAUGGCUCAGAGUUUAAUCGACAUCAGAAAAUUCAUACUGGUGAGAGAAACUAUGAAUGUAAGGAAUGUGGAAAGACAUUUUUUCGUGGUUCAGAACUUAAUCGGCAUCAGAAAAUCCAUACGGGAAAGAGACCAUAUGAAUGUGAAGAAUGUGGAAAAGCCUUUCUCUGGGGUUCACAACUUACUCGACAUCAGAGAAUACAUACUGGUGAGGAACCUUAUGUAUGUAAAGAAUGUGGAAAAUCUUUUAUCUGGGGUUCACAGCUUACACGACAUAGGAAAAUUCAUACUGAUGCAGAACCCUAUGAAUGUAAGGAAAGUGGCCAGAUCUUUAGUCACUAUUCAUAUUUUACUGAAGAGAAAAUUCACAAUGGUGAGAAUCUCUAUCAAUGGAAGGACUAUGGGAACACCUUUAGUCAUGACUCAGACUUUGCCCAACACCAGAAUAUUUACACUUUCAAGAAAUCCUAUGAAUAUAAUGAGUUUGAGACAGCAUUUUCUCCCAGCCCUAACUUUGUUUCACUCUUGUGAAAUCUUAUGGUACAAAAAUGUAGGAAAGGCUUUGUUCAUGACUCCUUAAUUGAUGUCAGUUAAUUCCUUCUUUUGAAAAACCCCAGAAGUGUAGGUAAUAUUAGGAAACCCUUUGACAUAGCACACAACACACUGAACAGCAGAGAAUUCAUAAUGCAAUCUCUGUUAAUACAGGAAGGUAUUUAUGGAUUGGUCGUCAGUUAUAUAUGGAAUAUCAGGGUAAAACCCUACAAAUGAGAUGAUAGCGUGAAUUCCUUUUGAAUCUUUCUCAAAACAUUUUGACAUCAUUGAUAUUAUGCUGCAUAGAAUUUAAAUCUAACUCAAAUAGGAAUCUUCCAUCACUACUUAAACCUUGUUGCAACCAUAAAAUCACACCAAAGGUGAAUUUGUGUUAUGUAAAUUAAUCUGGAAAAGACUUCAGUUUUGUCAUACAACUUAUUUAGCGUGUCUUAGUUUCAACACAUCUUAUCGCUGUAUUUUUUGAAAGGUAACUUAAAUCUGUAUGUGUUUGCUUACUAGUUAGAUUAUAAGGGUUAAAUGAGUUUGAGGAUUCAGAUGACUUUAUGACUGUCAUUCAUAUUAGUAUUAGACCAUAUCUAUGAGAGGAAGACCUUAAGAGUAUAAUGAUUAUAAACAAAUAGGCCAUUUGUAUGUGUGACUUACUGAACAGCAGAAUGUUAAUUCUGAAGAAAACCCAGUAAAAUAGAAUUAAGGGAAAGAAACUGUGAAUCAGUAUCGAUUUCAUUGGCUGCAUCAAAAAAUUUAUACUGUAGGGGCUGGCCCCGUGGUGUAGUGGUUAAGUUCGCAUGCUCCACUUCAGCAGCCUGGGGUUCACCAGUUCACAUCCCAGGUGCGGACA